GUGUUCCAAAUAAACAUCAUAGAGAUGGACGGUGACGAGGGGGAGUACGCGAACAAGUAUCUUCCGUUUCGGGUGGACUGGAGAGAGUUCACGGGCAAGAGGAUCCUCGCUGUGCCGAGAUGCUGCCAACUCAGAAAGGGGACAACAGAUCGGUUGAGAAUAAACGACGGAGUGAAGCGAAGAGAGGAUUACGCCAAGGAGGAGGAAGCUUUUGAUGCAAAGAAUCAGUCUGGAGGCUUUGGACCAUAGGCAGGCAAUGAUUUCAAAGGCCAGCAGACAUCCACACACACCUGAUGCAGCGACUUUUAUCUUCCGGCAAAGGCGACGACGACGGUUUUAGUUUCAUGCUUCGUUAUUUGUUUACUCGACAAUCUCAUCAGUAUGCUUACGCUGUCUGGGGAAAAGAAGCUAGCUCGAUUUUCAGAUGCCGUCUCGAUUGAUCGAUGCUUUCUCUGUCUGCAUCUUCCUUUCCUGUUCGUUAUCUGCCAAAUACCAAUUGAAGUGCUACACGGAGGGAGACAUGCAUGCCAACGAGUUGGGCAGACAGAGAGAGGUAGGCAGACAGACACACUCAUACAACAAACAACAGAGCAGCAAGCUUACUAUAUAUAAUUCCUUACUUCACACAUACAACCAACAAAAUAAACCAGUACACACAAAAUUUU